UCCGAACUGUCAAAACUUCGAGAAAAUUUUGCUCUCGAUCAGUUUAUCUCGAAGGUAUUUCGUGAACGUUUGCAGACGCAACACCAGAUUUUGUGAUAAUGGAUCUUUUUGAGUGUCUUGAAGAUGAGAGUGACUAUUAUUUUGCGAGCUUAUCGAGGCCUCGCAAACGUCGUGAAAUUAGAACUAGAAUGGAACAUUUUGAAAACUAUGAUGACGAAGAAUUCAGGUGCCGAUUCCGACUGACGAAGGCAUCUAUUAAUUACGUUCUGUCUCUCAUAGAGGAUGACAUAAGAACAACAACUAACUUGAACUCUGCAAUAUCUCCAGUGAAUAGAUUGCUACUCACACUUCGAUACUAUGCAACAGGAUGCUUUCUUAGAGCUGUUGCAGAUUUGAGUGGUGUCAGUGCAGCAUCAGCAUGUAGAAUUGUUGCAGAGGUUUCUCUGGCAAUUGCAAAUUUGAGAACCGAAUUUGUUAAAUUCCCCUCAAAUUUACAGUCUGUUAUACAUGGAUUUUAUAGCAUAGCCAGAUUUCCAAGAGUGAUAGGAGUUAUUGACUGUACCCAGACCCACAUAACAAUAAAAUCUCCAGGUGGAGAUAACGCAGAAUAUUACAGGGACAGACAUGGUAAUUUUUCAAUGAAUGUUCAGACUGAUGUAGACCAUGAAUUGAAAAUCCUCUUCAAUAUGCUGAGAGUCCUCAUUAAAAUAUUUAUCUCCUGA